UUGAAGGAAUCUUUGGAUUCCUGUUGUCAAGCCACCCAAAAGUUACACUGGCAGAGAAGGGUGAGGGUAUGCUAAGCACACUGGAAGGAUUCGUGUUUUAAGAGGAUCUUGGAGCAGCUUCCCUUUUGGAUGUCCCAUGUCUGAAAACAGCAUCCUCGUGUACAGCGCUUUAAGCCUUGGGCGCCGAGCCAGUCUGAGUUCAUUCCUGACUACGUCCUUCCAGCUGAGUGACCCGUUUAGUUUCUUUACCUAAUAGUAUGAGAUAAUAAUGACACCUGCUUGUUAAAUAAGUAAUAACGUAGGAAAAGACUUAGAAAUGUUUCCGGGGACUUCAGAGCCUGCUCCACGCCCCCAUCACCUGUGGUGGUGCCAAAUUAGCAAGACGCAGUCAAGAACGAGACAAUCUUGGCAUGCUGGUCUGGUCGCCUAAUCAGAAUCUAUCAGAAGCAAAACUGGACGAGUACAUCGCCAUCGCCAAGGAGAAGCACGGCUACAACAUGGAGCAGGCUCUUGGGAUGCUCUUUUGGCACAAGCAUAACAUUGAGAAAUCCUUGGCUGAUUUGCCCAACUUUACCCCCUUCCCAGACGAGUGGACUGUGGAAGACAAAGUCUUAUUUGAGCAAGCCUUUAGUUUCCACGGGAAAACUUUCCAUAGAAUCCAACAGAUGCUUCCUGACAAGUCGAUAGCGAGUCUGGUGAAAUUUUACUACUCGUGGAAGAAGACGAGGACUAAGACCAGCGUGAUGGAUCGCCACGCUCGCAAGCAGAAGCGAGAGCGGGAGGAAAGUGAGGAUGAACUGGAAGAAGCAAAUGGAAACAACCCCAUUGACCUUGAGAUUGAUCAGAAUAAGGAGAGCAAAAAGGAGGUGCCCCCUGCUGAGACAGUCCCUCAGAUCAAGAAAGAAAAGCAUAGCACCCAAGCCAAGAACAGAGCCAAGAGGAAACCUCCGAAGGGAAUGUUCCUCUCCCAAGAAGACGUGGAGGCCGUGUCUGCGAACGCCACCGCGGCCACCACGGUGCUGCGCCAGCUGGACAUGGAGCUGGUCUCCAUCAAGCGCCAGAUUCAGAACAUUAAACAGACCAACAGUGCUCUCAAAGAAAAACUCGACGGUGGAAUUGAGCUGUACCGACUUCCCGAGGUCAUUCAGAAGUGCAACGCGCGCUGGACCACAGAGGAGCAGCUGCUCGCCGUGCAAGCCAUCAGGAAAUACGGCCGGGACUUCCAGGCCAUCUCGGAUGUGAUUGGGAACAAAUCAGUGGUACAAGUGAAAAACUUUUUCGUAAAUUAUCGACGCCGCUUCAACAUAGACGAAGUUUUACAAGAAUGGGAGGCGGAGCAUGGGAAGGAAGAGACCAAUGGGCCCAGCGGCCAGAAGCCCGUCAAGUCCCCGGACAGUGCUCUCAAGGUCCCCGAGGAGGAGGAGGAGGCUGCUUCUGUUCUUGACGUCAGAUAUGCAUCUGCCUCCUGAGAAAGGCAGGCAGCUUCCGCGCGUGGUAUGGGCGUCUGUUCCCGGACAUCAGGUAUGACAAGGCUUCACCUGGCCAUCUGCUCACAUCUGUGGACAAGCAGCUAUUACCAAAAACGGCAACACUUCCGGUCCUGUGCUACAUCUGCCUUAAUUCUUUGCUCGUUCCUCCAUGUUGGCGCCACUUCCCGGAGAGCUCCGUGCAUCUCACGCGCGGUCUACGUGCUGGGAUCUCGUGGCUGCACGGCGCCCUGGCCCUGGGGCCGCCUCCCCAGGCAGAGCUCCGGGCCCCCCAUGGCAGCUCUCCCCAUCCGUCCGCAGCUUCCGAGCAGGUGGCCGACUGGAAGGCACGCCUCUUCCUGCAUGGCCUGGAUCGCUCCUCUGUGCAUCAUGUCGUUCUCAGCAACUGGACCUGUUGGCCUUCUGGGGGGGUCUCCGGUUCCGUUCGGAGGCCCCCACCUGAGAUCAUGUUUCUGGAUGUCACCGUGUGUGCAGACUGCACUGUCCCCUUCAUCGUGCCAAACGCCCCGAUUCGAUCCUGUUCCCCGGAAGCAGGUGCAGUGAUGGCUGAUGAAUCUACUUGGCGUUGACCUCUCCUUCUGCCUUCCCGGCUGGUAGAAAGCUGGUUCGCAGCAGCUCUCUUUGGACACGUAGCUUAAAAGGAACGUGGGCUCCAUCCUCUGCCUUCAGCUCUCAGCAUCGCAGCCCCGGGAUGGGUGCCGCCCUCUUUUCCCGGUUCCCCCCAACCAACUCCAGGAGAUUUGGUCCGUGCCCUGCACUGGUGCUUGUACACUUGGACUUGGUGCCUUCUCCUCGGGCAGCGCAUUCUCAGUCCCGUUUCUGCUUCAGUGUCGUAGCUCUUUCACGUCCAUUGCUUGCCAAAGAUGACACCACCGGGCGUGAGAGAGCCCGCCGCCGGCCUGAAGGGGCAGGCUUCGAUGGCAGGCAGUCCACACGGGAACAGUAGCCGGGAGGGUUUCUAAAAGUGCACGUUGCUCCCCUCCUCCUGGGCAGCCUGGCUUCUCCCUGUCACUCCACACCCCUUGGUCCUCAGGCCCCGAUGAGGCCACACGGCCCCGCCCUCUCCCACAGCGUAGCACAGAGCGAGGCGGGAGCAGGUGGCCGGUGCUGGUGAGCCCACGGCGAGAGCACACAGCCCGCAGUGGCUGCACUGCCUCUGGUUGGCCUGGGAGCAAGUGAAACUUCUAAUGAGCGUCCUGAGACUCCCAGCGUCGCUGCUGCUCUCGGGCGACCGGAGCUGCUGCGGGCUGUGGGGAGCCUGGCGGCCGAUCCCCCGCAGCUCCGCCUGCACGAGCCACGCUGCAGGCGCUUUCUGUGGUCGUUCUCCCAUCAUUUAAACACUUUUCUUGCUUUCAAUACCAAAAAAGAAAGAAGUGCGAGGCUUUAAGGCGCAUAAGCAAUUCUUAAGAAUUUGAAAUAUGCAAUUAAAAUUGGAUGUGUUUUGAC